CUGAGUAAUUACAAAGUUGAUGUUACAAACAUAAGAAAAUAAAUUGCCAACUAUACAAGAAGAUCUCUCAUAAUAAUGUCACACCACACUCAAGCAUAUAUAUAUAUAAACAAACAAACAAUCUCUCCACCAAAUUGUCCAACAAAGAAAAGCAACUAAAAACCUCCCAUAAAAACUAUGACGUCAAAGAAGAAAGAAAGCAUCGGCCGACAGAGAAUCCCCAUGGUUAAGAUUAAGAAAGAGAGCCACAGGCAAGUCACGUUCUCAAAACGUAGAGCCGGUCUUUUCAAGAAAGCUAGUGAGCUUUGCACGUUGUGUGGCGCAGAGAUUGCGAUCAUCGUGUUUUCUCCUGCUAAAAAGCCUUUCUCUUUCGGCCAUCCGAGUGUCGAAUCCGUACUGGACCGUUACAUGUCCCGAAACAAUAUGUCAAUGGCUCAGACGCGAAACCCUGCGGCAAGCUGCGAGCUGAAUAUGCGGUUGACGCAGAUUUUGAGCGAGGUAGAGGAAGAGAAGAAGAAGGGUCAAGCUAUGGAAGAAAUGAGAAGAGAAAACGCGAGACGGGCCAUGAUCAAUUGGUGGGAAGGUCCAGUGGAGGAGAUGAAUAUGGUUCAGUUACAAGAAAUGAAAUUUGCGUUGGAAGAGUUGAGGAAGACGGUUUUGCUAGAGACAAAUAAAGAGGAUGUGUUUGGUUUCUUGGAUAAUAAAGUGACGACGGUUCCUUCUUACAUGAACAUGUCUUCUGGUCUUCCUAAUACUUCCAAUUUCGCCUAUGGAAAUGGUUGUUUCUGAUUCACGAAUGUUAUUUUUGGGGUAACAGUAGAGGAAAAAUAAAUUAAAGAACUUCUAGGCUAGUAUCUUGCUAGCUGCUCUUUUUUUUUCUUCUUCAGUUUUUUUUUUGUUUUCUUUGGUAACAUAGAGAAAUAUCUUAUAUCUUGAUUAAUGUUAUCCGGU